AUGGUCGCCCUCCGCUUCCUCCUUGCCCUCCUACCUCUCGCGGUCGCGAUGCCGUCCUCCGACGGGCUCGAGGGCUACAACGCUCUCGUCCGCCGCCAUUGCAUGGCGCCCAAGAACUGCGGCGCCGUGGUGCAGAACACGGCGUGCGACUAUUGCUGCGCCAAGGAUGUCAAGCCCGACAGCACGGAAUGCAAGUCCAAUAGCAACAAAGCUUGUCAGACCUCCGACAAUAAGGAAGGCAUUGUCUUCAGCUGCGAUGCCAAUUAA